AUGGCAGGGAACGACAAACCCACUGUCCCAGACCCGUCGAGAGAUUCCGCCAUCUCCUCUCCUCGCUCAAGCCUCGACUCUCGAUCGCCUUCGGCCUCUCAUUUCCGCUUAAACUCCCUUUCCGGGGUUUCUCCACACCGCCAGAGCCUCUCGGAGUCUCUUCGCGUCAUGCCGCCGUCUCCGCGUGCACGGCGACCGUCCGUGACGCAAGCCGCAUUACAGAGCCUUAUCGAUAACCCUCCCGCCCACAAUGGCGCUGACCCGGCCUUUUCGGGCAGGGACUGGACACAGAUAUCGGUUGGAGAGCUGGUGGACCCGGAAGAUUGCCAUUUUGUAGAGGCUGAUAUGACAAUUGAAGAUGCUACAAACCGUCUGAUCGAAUGCGGAGCUUCGCUGCUCCUGAUUCGGGAAUCGCCAGAGCACACAUCAGCAGUUGGAACUUUUGAUUACGCAGACCUCAACGCUUAUUUGUUGCUAGUAAUCGGCAUAACGAAACCGGAUGAUGAACAUGCCGCGUCUUUAGAGGAACUCGGGAGGAAAGCAAGGGAAGGGCAAAAGAUUUUACUGAGGGAGGUCAAGAAUCUGAGGCCAAAGGACCCGUUUACGACGUUGCCCCCGAAUGCAAGUCUGACCAAGGCCGUAGAAGUUUUUGGUGGUGGUGUGCAUAGCGUGGUCGUGGUGAAAGAAAAUACUUCAGAAGUUUUGGGUAUUUUCAGCCAGUGGAGGCUCGUCAGAUUCCUUUGGGAAAAUGCCAGGAGUUUUCCUGUGAUUGAGCAGCUCUAUCCGCAAUACCUCCGGGAAUUGGGACUUGGCUCUCAGCACGUCAUCUCUAUCAAGUAA